AUGAGUGAGAAGGUGGGCCAGGUGUCGUUUGACCUGCCUCGGCAGGGGGAGAUGGUGAUGGAGAAGCCUUACAGCGAAGCCACGGCAGAGCUCAUAGACCAGGAGGUCAGAGACCUGGUGGACAGCGCCUACCAGAGGACCAUGGAGCUCAUUAUGGACAAGAGGGAGUGUGUGGACAUGGUGAGAAUUGCAUUGACCUACAUGAACAUCACGUAGUCCCAAGGUUUUCAGAGUACUUUUCAUGCUGUCUUAUCAAGGGUACACCCAUCUACAUUCUGUUUUCUUGCUGAGCUAAAACAUAAACCUAGUAGUCCCUAGAGCUGCUAUCUGGCUCUUACCCAUGUCCAUCCUGAAGUGUGAUGAAUGUCACUGAGCUCACUGCGACAUCAUUGUUCUUCUAUCCUCUUCCUAGGUGGGGAAGCGUCUCCUAGAGAAGGAGGUCCUGAACAAGGCGGACAUGCUAGAGCUGCUGGGGCCGCGGCCGUUUGAGGAGAAGUCGACAUAUGAGGAGUUUGUGGAGGGGACGGGCAGUUUUGAAGAGGACACCAGCCUGCCAGAGGGCCUGAAGGAUUGGAACCAGGAGAAAGGGGACGCAUCUGAGGAGCUGUCCCCAGUUAAGGAGAAACUGGCCCAAUAG